GACGUCUGCAGACCCGACUUCUGACCCGGCUUCCUCGCUGUGUGCCCGUCCUCGCCUUCGUCCUCCCGCGCAGGCCUCCGGCCUCCGACUCCGGUCUUGGGUGCAGGCCUGGUGUGGUCUCCAAAGUGACUGAACAAUGCAGAAGGACAGUGGCCCACUGGUGCCUUUACAUUAUCUUGGCUUUGGCUAUGCAGCCCUCGUUGCUACUGGUGGGAUUAUUGGCUAUGCAAAAGCAGGUAGUGUGCCAUCCCUGGCUGCUGGACUCUUCUUCGGGAGCCUAGCAGGCCUUGGCGCUUACCAGCUAUCUCAGGAUCCCAGGAAUGUGUGGGUUUUCCUAGCUACAUCCGGGACCUUGGCUGGCAUCAUGGGGAUGAGAUUCUACAACUCUGGGAAAUUUAUGCCUGCAGGUUUAAUCGCAGGUGCCAGUUUGCUGAUGGUUGCCAAGCUUGGAAUUAGCGUGUUGAGUUCUCCCCAUCAGUAGUAACCAUACCCCUGCUUGGGCUCAUGAAGAACUGAAACUCUCCAAACUUCCACAUUUACAAUGUCUGAAGGAAAAAGUGCAGUGCAUUUACAUACUCUGACAUUUCGAAAAUGUACACUGAGCACGAUGAGGUGACAAUGAGCUUUUACUGUUGUAACUGUUUAGGGGUGGUGAGUGUCUAACCCGAGAGCAGAUUUCACUCUUGUGGUAUGACAUCUCUCCUUUCUGUACUAGGGGUAAAAUGUAGGCUGUCAACACUGGGGCCCCCAGAGCCACACAUUCUGCUCAGAAGUAUGUGAAAUCUCUUGGUGACAUUUGCGAUAUGGGAUCUUUUGCAUAGGUCUGCUAUGAAAUUAUGUUACAAUGAAAAACCAGUGGAAAUAAAGUUUACUAUUAAAAUCA